AUGGACACACCAAAGGUCUGCUACAAGGUAGAAGACCCCACUCCAGGGCCUCUGUGUGCAUCGCCUCCAUCUCGUCCCUCAGACGCCUGCCGGUGCCCACGUUCCCACAGGUUGGCUCUGAAACUCAGUUGUGCUGGGCUCAUCCUUCUUCUCUUGACCAUGAUUGGACUGAGUGUUUUAGUGCGAGUCUUAAUACAAAAGCCAUCAAUAGAAAAAUGCAGAGAAAACAUAUCGAGGUCUCAUGACUGUCCAAAUCAGCUAAGGUGCCCCAACGGCUGGAUGACAUACCAAAAUAAAUGCAUACAGUUUUCUCAAGAGCCCAAUGUUUGGAAGGGAGGUCUAUCUGACUGCACUAGAAAAGGAGCCACUUUGCUGCUUAUUCAGGACCAAGAAGAACUGAGAUUCAUAAAGAAUUCAAUGCAGGAAAGAGGCAAUUCAUUUUGGAUUGGACUAAAUUACUCAUUCCCAGACAUGAACUGGAGAUGGAUAAACGGCUCCACUUUAAGUUCUGAUGUAUUCAACAUCAUCGGUGAUGCUGAUAGAAACAGCUGUGUCACUGUCUCAAAGGGCAAUGUGGUUUCUGAGAACUGUGAUUCAGACAACAAGUGGAUCUGCCAGAAGGAACCAAAAUGUCUCUGA